UUCUUCCUUCUCCUAUCUUCACUCUUCAUCUCACUCUGCAAUCCUUCUUACACCAUGUCCAAAAGCGAACAGACUUUCAUCAUGGUCAAGCCCGACGGUGUCCAACGUAACCUAGUUGGCCCAAUCAUCUCGCGUUUUGAGCAACGCGGUUUCAAGCUUGUCGCAAUGAAGAUGGUCCACGCAACGCCUGAGCACCUGGAGAAACACUACGAGGAUCUUAAGGGCAAGCCCUUCUUCCCUGGUUUGAUCAAGUACAUGGCUGCUGGACCGGUCGUAGCCAUGGUUUGGGAAGGCCUCGAUGCUGUUAAGACUGGCCGUGCAAUGCUCGGCGCGACAAACCCACUUGCAUCUUCUCCGGGCACCAUCCGUGGUGACUAUGCUCUUGCUGUCGGCCGGAACAUCUGCCAUGGCUCUGAUUCGGUUGAAAGCGCGAAAAAGGAGAUCGCCCACUGGUUCCCAGACGGAAUCAUUCAGUACAGGCUUGUCGCUGAAGACAUUAUUUUUGAGUAAAUGAGGGAGAAAAUAGCAGCAUAUCUCUUUUUUGGCGUGUUACAAUUCGACAGGGUUCUGAGUACGAGCUGAAGUGUCAUAUAGAAUUUGUGCAAAUAGAAAAUAUAAUCGCAUGAGUCAAUCUUACCGAAUUU